GACUGCGAGUGCGAGAGCGCGAGUGAGUCAGGGUCAGGACGUCGUCUGCUACGGCUGUCAGCGGCGGCACACGGUGAGAGGCAGACCAUACCAAGUGGCGCUCUGCAAUAUCCGACAUUCCUCGCGGCACUUGGGCAUUUUCCAUCAAAAAUCAGUGCCGGACUUACCGUUUAAGUGUGUCGCAGUUGUCCAAGCAUCCAACCAUCACCAUGGAGUCCGUAACAAUGCCCAAUUAUUCGUACGUUUUUAAAUUCGAGGAGGACUUCGACACGCUAGAAAAGCGACGAUGGAUGCGGGAAAAUUGGAUGAUGUGUUUCUACUACAUUGGAGCGUACAUGAUCGUCAUCUACGGUGGCCAGUUGUACAUGCAGACGCGGCCGAGGUUCGAGCUGAGGAUACCACUGUUCAUGUGGAACGUGUUCUUGCGGUGUUCUCCUCUGGGGGGCCUAUCGCAGUGCCCCGAGCUCCUCUAUGUGCUCAACAACCACGGCUUUCACUACUCCGUCUGUAUCCCAGGACCAAGCCUGUAUUUGCACCCCCACAAGUAUUCUAAAACUUGUGAGGACACAUUCGACCAAAUUUGUUUCCUGGACAACCGAGUAGGAGGUUUCUGGAACUGGAUGUUCACCCUGAGCAAGGUUCCUGAGUUGGGAGAUACCGUAUUCAUUGUCCUGAGGAAGCAGCCACUGAUCUUCCUCCACUGGUACCACCAUGUUACCGUCCUGCUCUACGCCUGGUACUCCUACUCCGACUACAUUGCCACUGCCCGCUGGUUUGUCUGCAUGAACUACCUGGUCCACAGCGUCAUGUACAGCUACUAUGCCCUCAAGGCUCUCAAGUUCCGUGUUCCACGCUGGAUCUCCAUGGGAAUCACCACCGCACAGCUAGCUCAGAUGGUCAUGGGUGCUGCCGUCAACAUCUGGGCCUACCAGGUGAAGCAGGCAGGCAAUGAGUGCCAUGUCUCCUACGACAACAUCAAGAUUUCCCUCCUAAUGUACAUCUCAUACUUCGUCCUGUUUGCACACUUCUUCUGCCGUGCCUAUGUUGUCAAAAGCGAUAAGCAGGUUGGUGUCGCACAGGACAAGAAGGGCUCCUUGGCAUAUGAAGGCAAAAGCACAAAGGGCAAAGUGGAAUAACUACUUGCAGGUUAAGCUUUGGGUUAAUAGGAUGUCACAUUUCAAUAGUUGUAUGUCUGUCUCACAAAGAAAUAGAGGAAAGUGGUCACCCAUUGAUAAUUCCUUUGAAUAUUUUUUAAAAAGAAGCAUUUAUGGUAAUGUGCAAGAAGUUAUUCUCAGACUUUGCCUAGAAUACACCUGCUAGAAUGUUGCAGUUUGGAAACAAAAUAUUUGAAUGAUUGGUUCAGACUAAAGGUAUAUCAAUGCAAGCAGCCAAUUUUGAAAGCCACCUUUUAAGAUUUACUUAUGAACCAGUGAGAUGAAUAUUGUAUUGCGAAAAUAUCCAACAUAGAAUGCAAAACUUGAAUAUAUUUUUAAAACAGCAGUUAAUGAUAAUAAUGAUAGAUCUACGUGGUGUUAUUACAAAGUAUGAUCUUCUCUUCCCUCCAUGCAUUUGAGGAAUAUUGUGAAUAAUUUCUUAGAAUGCUGAUACUGAAUAUUAUCUUUGAAUAUUGUACUUUCUUUCAUAAACUGUCAGGUGUCCAUAUCUCAUAGUAUGGGAUGUUGUAUGCACAAGUAAAGGUAUUUACAUUUUUCAUGAACCUAUUGUCUUCUGAAGUUCAUGCUCUUACUGCUUCCUGUUCUCAUUUGGAAUCUGAUAUUUCUUAUUCUAAUUGUUGUCAAUGUUUUGAGAUAAAACAUAUAUUUGGAAAAUCCUGCAUGCUUUUGAUCAGGUGACUGAUUGCCCAGAGAGAAUCCAAGUCCUGAUCUGAAAAAGGAUUACUUGAUCAGGUUGUGAUAUGAAGAACAAAUUCUUGGGGUCCAUAACUCUAGUGUACUCAUCAUGUUUUCUAAUGAAAAUAUUACAUUUUCACAUAUUUCUUCCCCCUCCCUUCAUUUUUUUUUUCUCAUGUAAUUUUUCUCCCAUGACAUGACAAGGGACUUCAUUAACACUUCUGCGAAAGUGACAACCCUUUCUUUGCCAAAAACAUUCCCCAAAUUUCAUCUCCUUUCUGUCUUCCUUUGAUCUCUCAGAUGCAUUCCCCUGUCUAUAUGAUUAUCUUUGGUUGUUAUUUAUAUAUUAUGUUGUUAUUUCUUGUUUGUAUGUUUAAUUUGAUAAUGUCAGAGAGGUAUUUGUAGGUGCUGAUCAAGGAAGUGUUUGUGGCAUACUUCUUAUUUUUGAGAUGAUUUUGUUCUUUUUUUUAAUGUCUUUUUAAUAUUUUUCAUCUGCUUUUUAAAAAAAUAUGUUUAUGAGACAAUGCCUUUAUGUCUCACCUGUUUUUGUACAAGUAAUGUAUCAACACUAAAAGAAGAACACCUUGUAUAAUUUUUUUUCUCCUCUUAGAAGGUCACUGGCUUUAAGUAUUCUUUGUGUUAUGUGUAAAAUGGUCAUAUUCCAUUAUUCCAGUAUUAAACCAGUGUUUUCUCGCAUUUCUUUUAUUUUCUAUGCACUAAUGUCUGAGUAAGAGUUGACCGCAUUGCUAUUUCCUUCACGGAAGAUACCUCAAUCCUAAUUUUAUAGUGUCGCAUCGAAGUUAUGAAUGAUAUUGUAAUAAAAUGUCAUAUCAUAAACAUGUAUAUAUCAUAUUUAAUUAGAGAAAAAAAUAUUUAAACAAGCAGUCUCAGUACAGAUGUCAUUAAAAGCUUGAGAAGUAACUGGAGUCCACAAAGGUAUGGUAGUCAUCCUUCAUUAUACUGUUACGUAUCAGAUAAGUCCCUAAAAUCAGCUUAGACUUUUGUGAGAAAUACUAGAAUGACUAUUUAGUAAGACUAAGAAGGGUAGAAGAUAUACAAGAUUUUCUAGUAAAGCUUUUUAAUGAAAUUCUGAUAUCUGAUGGAUUCUCUUUGCAUCAUACUUCUGUUGUUGAUUUAUAUAGGUUUACUUGCAAGAACCUUUGCUUUCUAAUGCAAUCUUUAAGAUGGUGUUAAUAAAAUUUUGAGGUAACACAGGGUUAAGCUGGCUGCAAAUUUGUUAUGAGGAAAUAUUUUUCUAGUAACAUAUUCUGAAUCUGCUAUGGUUUUCCCUAGUUGUUCCAAUUUAUUCAGAAUAUUGGUAGUUUCUACUUUCCUAAUAUGCAAAACCUUUAUCCAAAGUAGAGUAUUUAGUAGCAUUGGUAUGAAUUGAUGGUAUAAACACAAAUAUAAGUUCUUUGAUUUAUCAACUUAAUUGACAUUGUUUAUUGUAGAGGGCUACAUUUUCAAAAAUUAAGAAUUAAAAGAUUUGAAAUACCUUUGUUGGUGAAUAUUUGUGGAUCAUUACUGUACUGAUAUUUUUGGUUGUACUAUUUUGGCAUUGUAUACUGUAAUCUUUCCAUAUAUCAGCAUAAAAAAAAAUAUUUCUUUAGAUUAUAACCUUAAACUGCAAAGGUUUAGCAUUAUAAACUGGAGAACAUGUAGUUAAAGGUUGAAAAAUAACCAGUGAAAUUGGUGGUUUUGAGCUUACAGGAUCUCUCUCUCUAAAAAGUUGCAUUUACAUGUGAAGUCUUGUGACAACAACUUAUUCUUCUCAUUUUUCUUUCAAACAUUCCUUGUUAGUUGGCGUCUGCACAAAAUAAGUAUAUACAUUUUGUAAGAAACUUAGACGUGUUAAUGUCUUAGUAGUAAUAUAUUUUUUGAACAUGGUAUUUUUUCAGACCAAACCAUAUUUGGAAGUCUGAGUAAAAGUUAUCACUCUCUUGUGGAUUAAUAAUUAUGUGGUGACUUUCAAGUAUAUGCACAAAGCUUCUUGUCCUGAAAUCAAGCUGUCUUCUUGUCAAUCAGUUUUGUGAGCAACAAAAGUGGCAUAAAAGCAGAUAACUGCACACUUUUAAUGCUCCAUCGUAUAUGUUUUCACAAAAGUCAUGAUUUCCCUUGCAAUAUUUCGGCCUCAGGAGUUGCAGAAUAAAUAUCAGUAUGUGGAAUAUUGCAAAUGAAAUAUGAAAUUAACCCCAUAAGAGCACUAGUGUUAGUAGAUCCUGCUUCCACCCAGCCAAGGGUGAUAAGCACUCUCCUUGCCAUACUCCAAAGUAGCAGUGAUGUUCUCUAGCUCAAAGUGCUGUUUCCACAGAUACACAGAUGCGUGUGGCUUCCUAGGAGGGUAGUCACAGUUCAUUAACUUAAUGGUAGAUUGCUGAUCCAUUGCUAUUGGUAGGAACCAAUGUGUAAUUUAUAAUGUUCUCCUGAGCUGUGCUAUAAAAGAUAAAAAAUAAAAAAAACAAAAAAUAGGAAAUAAACUGAUUUGUAGGAGGUACCAUGAAGUUCCAGCACUGUAGUCUCAAUUUUUCUACUCCCCUCCCCCUUUUUUUCAUUUAUAUUUAAUUCUGAAUUCUUCCCUUGUUUACAUCAUGGUCGAAGAAAAAGCUAUUUGUUUCAAGUGUGCCCCCAUGAAAAUAAACUGCCUUACAAAGUACAAGGCUGGUAAGAUGAGCAAGACAAAAGUGUAAUUAAUAUUUAAGCAAAAUUAAAUUUCCUCUCUGUGAGAUUUACUUUAAACCAACUGUCUUGUCAUCUUCCCACCCCAAGGCAGCAUGUACAAGUGUGAUGGGGUCUUGCUAACAGAUAGUGUCUUGGAAGAGGAACUUAUACAGGAAAAUGUCUUACUGCUGUUAACUGUUUAGAUCAGAUCAAAUUACCAAGAACUUGUUAAUUAUACAUAUGCUGUAUUUGUUAAGGCUCUUGUUCUGUUACCCUUGUUCAGGAUCGUUUCCAUUUUUUCUUCAGCAUAAUAUGUACAGGAUAAAUUUAUGUUGAUUAAAUUUUGGCACAAUUUUGAUAAAGUGUAUUGCAGAUGUGUAUUCCAUAUAUUGUACUUCACUUUUUGUAUAAAAUAUAUAGAUAGAAAAUACUUUGUGCUAUUACAUAAUACCUUUUUGGAAGUUUAGAAUUGUAAAAAAGAAAAGUUACAGUCUUUUUUAAAGGGCAGGAUACUAGCAAUAACAAUGAAAUAUGAUGUCUUGUUCCAGUCCAUGUUCAUGAGCAAUUUUAAAUUUAAAAAAAACUGACUUUGCAAAAUAUUUGGAACAGUUGAGCUGCACAUCAGUUAGGUAUUGAUACUUCCACUACUAUUGUGUAGGUCACUGUUGCUAGGAUUGUAUGUAUCAACAAGUCCAUACUGUUAUGCUGUAAAUCAUACUACUUUUUUGUAAAUUCCUGUAUUUAGUUGCCCUUCCAAGUUAAUGUUUUCAUUAACAACUGCCUCCUGCAACCAGGUUGUAAAGCACCAGAGGGUUACUACAAUGCCUGCCUGAUGGUGUGUGACUGUUAAUAAAUAAAUGGAGGAAUGUU